AUGCUGCAGUACCACCCCGGGCCUGUGGGGGUGGACCCUGACAUGCUGCAGUACCACCCCGGGCCUGUGGGGGUGGACCCUGACAUGCUGCAGUACCACCCCGGGCCUGUGGGGGUGGACCCUGACAUGCUGCAGUACCACCCCGGGCCUGUGGGGGUGGACCCUGACAUGCUGCAGUACCACCCCGGGCCUGUGGGGGUGGACCCUGACAUGCUGCAGUACCACCCCGGGCCUGUGGGGGUGGACCCUGACAUGCUGCAGUACCACCCCGGGCCUGUGGGGGUGGACCCUGACAUGCUGCAGUACCACCCCGGGCCUGUGGGGGUGGACCCUGACAUGCUGCAGUACCACCCCGGGCCUGUGGGGGUGGACCCUGACAUGCUGCAGUACCACCCCGGGCCUGUGGGGGUGGACCCGGAAUAA